UCUGCCGAGGGGAGGGGGUUCGUUGCCGGAGCCGGCCUACCUUUCCGUCUUAGAGUGGCAGACGGCCUGGCACACGUCGAUGGUGAACCAACACGGAUAAGACGUGCGACCAACACGAACCACACGUACCAACCCAAAAGGAGAUGUGCGAAACACCCAGGAUUCGAUCCAAAUCGAGAGCACUCACAUAAUAGCCGUACGUUCGGGAACUAACGAGAGAGAUCGUCAUGUGGUCGCUGCUGCUGCUUCUGGCGGCGGCUGUGCUGUACCCGGCGCCGGCGUGGCUGAUGGCGAUGUCGGCGCUCUCCUUCGCGUGGGUGGCGUCCUUGGGCGUCUCCGAGCUCCGCGGCCAGCACAUGCCAUACUCCAAGUUCUGGCACGCCAUCGUCGUCUCCGGCUCCGGCCAGAAGAAGCGGGCCGAGCGCCUGCUGCCGAGCCGCGCCGCGAUGCUGAUGGCCUAUACGCCGGCGCUGGUCGCCGCGGCGGCGGCCUUCGCGGUGCCGGGCGCCGUGGAAGGCCUCCGCGCGCAGCUCCUCGCCGGCGCGCUCGCCGUCCACUUCCUCAAACGGGUGCUCGAGGUACUGUUCAUCCACCGGUACAGCGGAAGCAUGCCACUCAACACGGCGCUGCUGAUCUCCUCCAGCUACGUGCUCAUCACCGUCGGCAUGAUCUACUCCCUGCACCUCGCCGCCCGCCUCCCGGAUCCCCCCGUCAACCUGCUCUACCCCGGCAUGCUCGUCUUCGCCAUCGGCAUCGCCGGCAACUUCUACCACCACUACCUCCUCUCAAAGCUAAGGAAGGGCAACAAUGAUGACAAGGAGUACAAGAUCCCCAAGGGCGGCCUCUUCGGGCUCGUCGCCUGCCCGCACUACCUCUUCGAGAUCGCCGGCUUCUUCGGGUUCGCCAUGAUCUCGCAGACGGUGUACGCGCUCGCCAUGGCCUCCGGCUCUGCGGCGUACCUUGCUGGCCGGAGCUGCUCCACCAGGAGGUGGUACAAGUCCAAGUUCGAGGACUACCCGGACAGGAUCAAGGCUCUUGUGCCCUACAUCUUUUAGAGCCAGUUAAGUACUCCGUAGGAGAAUUGCUCUAAUUCUAGAGCUUGAUACACUUAUGAGGAUUGAGGAUUGUGCUGUCAAUUUCCAGUCAAUGAAAAUGGAGGCGAGGAGCUCCUUCAUUCGGAAAAGAAAACAAGUAAGGAACAGCUGGCUCUGGUUUUGAGCCUAAUGAUGACGUUUCAGCGUAUAUAUGAUGGUGUCAUCUACAAGCACUGCAAUUGACUGAAAA